AGUGCAGUAGGUUAGGGCGAGAUUCACCUGCCUCUCGGUGCCAUCUCAGCAACAGUCUCAGCUGCAGGCGGAGCGCUCGAGGAGAGCGAACCUCACACUCGAACAAGGUGCGAGGUGCUUGGGAUCGUUACCAUGGCUUCGCCACCAAACAAGGCAGGUAGCCCAGUGAUGGAGACUGCUGUGGGCUUCAUCCUGGGUGCGAUCGCUGGCUGUGCCCUGGGAGCCACGGAGGGACCCAUGAACCAGGCGAUGGCGGAGCUGACUUCUGGGCCACACCUGAAGGUGGUGACGGAGGCCGUGGGAGACGUGGGGCCCCUGGGUGUCGGGACGCUCCUCGGGGCCACAGCCCUCUCCGCCGCCGUGGUGUCAGCCGUGACGGGAGUGACGAUGGCGUCCCUGGUGACUCUGAGGCUACUCAGAGUGAGGGGACGCAGAGACGGGUCCCUGGGAGUCAGGGUGCUCGCGUGGGUAACCUCCGGGCUCGCCUCUGCUGUCGGGGCGACGGCCAGCGGAGCGACACUCGGGGUCGGGAUCGAGAUGCUCGCACAGGCCUCCGUGACGGCUGGACUGCUGGGGGGACUGGUGGCGUUAGCCCUGCUGACGCCAUUCCUGCGUGCGGCCCUCUUGCGGCUCGGGGAAGGGGAGCGGCUCUGCUGCGGGCUUCUGGAUCCCAGCGAGGAGGACAGGGAGAGGGAGCGGAGGCGGCAGGAGGCGGCAGUGGUUGAGCAGAGGCAGAGGGUCACCGUGGAGAUGGAGCAGAGGAUAACGAUGCUGGAGGAGGGCGCCGGAGACGGGGACGCCGCGCAGCAGCAUCGGGCCGUCUGGGAGACGCAGUGGCGGGAGAGGAAGGAGGCCGAGAGGGAGGAGAGGGAGCGGACGGUGCUGGAGACGGAACAAAGGAGAGUCUCUGAGCGCGUCACCAAGGCGAUGGCCCAGUACGCGGACCUGCUGGCGUUCUCGGGCAUCCCGAUGACGGUGACGGCGACCGUGACAACGGGCCUCGGGCUGUUCGGGUACGGGGACUACCGCUUUGUCUUCGUGGUUCUGCUCGCGCUGGUCCUCGUCAUGACCUUUGCCCUCAUGAGGUCGGCGAACCUGAGCUUCUGGAAGUUCGCCGGCUGCAUGGGCCUGUUCGCCACCUUCGCCAUCGCCGUGCUGACUGUGCACGCCGGACAGGAAGUGGCCGGGGCCUCGGCCAGGCUGAAAGCGGCGGGGAGAAAGGUCCCGCCCCGCGAGAGCAUCGCCACCGCCAUGAGGCAGCGCUCGUCCCUGGAGGCCGUCGCCGCGGGCUUCUUCGUGGCCAAGCUCUGCCAGGUGGGCCUCGGGGCCUCCGUAGGAGGACCUCUGGGAAGGCAGGUGGACGGGAAGAUCGUGGUGGGGGCCGCAGGGGCUGUGGCGGCUAUCAUUGGUCUGGUACGAGUCUCGGCCGGGUUUCUGGGAGCAGGGGGCACGGCGGGGGCACUGCUCGGGGCAGUCGGGGCAUCUGGGGUGUCUCUGGGGUCAGCGGCGGCCAUCGCUGUAGGCUGGUCCACGUGGGCGGGGACUGUCGGCACAACAGUGGGAAUGGUAACUGGGGCAUUAGCCACUGGGAAAUGGGACGUUCCCAACUUAAUUCAAGUGCCUGUUGCGUAUAUGUUUGCUAUGACCAACCCCUACUGAAAAAGCUACAGUACGGCCUAUUUAUUACUUCAGUCAGAUAUAAAAACAUAAUCUAACUUACAGUAAAUAAUUGCAUCCUCAGAGAUGCCUGAAUCACUGCUGACUGCCAGUAAAUAUAUUUUACUUUAUACAUUUUAUAUUUGUUAUCCAACAAAUGUAAACAUAGUUUUAUAAGGAUAUGUGAAAGUGUAAAAUGCAAAGACAAUGCUGUUUGACACACAACAUUGAUAUCUUAUGAUAAAGAACCAGACAGUUUUUGCUAUUUGAAUAUAUGUAUUUCUAAAUAUUUAAAGUUCCAUUAAAAUUUUCAAAUGUAAAAU